GUCAAGUUCGAUACGAUUUCAUUAUCCUUUUGAAAGUCACCAUAUUGUGAGGAUUUAGUUCUUCCCUGGAGAGUUUUGUCAUAGUGGGAAUAAUAUCAGAAAUUUUUAGGUAUUAAAGAAACGUGAAUGUGUCAAGUGUUAUAGAAAGAUGGACUUCCAAAAAAGAUGAAUAACACCACGCCGAGAUGGGUCCCUAAACACAGUGAAGACAUCACAAAGUUGUUUGAAAAUAGUAAAUCCUUGGAGUAUGAAUUUCGGAUACUGUCAUGGAAGUUUUCUACCCACAUCAAUUUAGAUUUGAUAAAUUUUUACGAGUUUCAGCAGUUAAUUGAAGAUAGUCGAAAAUGUUUCACGUUAAGCGAAGAAUUCCAACUAAACUUACGCAACCAGAUAACAUCAUCUGCAAGCAAAAAACUUCAGAGGAGUCCAUACAAAAUUUUACUUCAAACAAAAGCCCAUAUAUUGGCGGAAAACCUAAAUCGCAAACAUUAUCAACUAAUUUUCACCAUCAACAAAAUUAUAAAAUCGAUGCUGGAUUAUGAUCAACAGACUGAAAACCUUCUAGAUGCAGCCCUUCUUCUGUGCAGUUUACUAAACGAAUCUAUCGAAUUCACUCUGAAACAUGAGAAAAAAUCCUAUGGAGCUAAAAUCUGCAGCAACACCUUUCCGACGCUCCUUUUACAACAGAAAAAAGUUGAUAUUGGAAUUAUUUUACAGCUUUUAUCAAAAAGGAGGAGCGAACAAUGCUGUGUGACCUUGAUUUCCUCCUUGUUAACUGCCUGCAAAUUAGAGUUAACCCCAGGCGACGCAGAGUCUGAUAGUUCCAGUGUAGAAGUACUACGCACGCUGACAUCUCACCUAACUCCACCUUCGGAUAAAGAUGCCCAUCAGCAUGUAAUUGGAAUAGAUAGUAACGAUCCAGAUAAUAUUCGAUUUUUUGAUAACCUGGUCCAUGAACUAUCAGAAAAAGAUGGAAAGUUGAAAAAAGAGGAUCGUCUAUCAAUUCGUGAUGAGCUUCUGGAGAAUGUGAUACUCGAGGAGGAGAAUUUUAUUGCUAAUAUAAUUGCUAAAUGCUAUAAACUAUGCCCAAAUUCGUUUGAGUCAACAUCAGCUACGCCGGAUUUCCAAAAAUGGAUCAACCGAGGUACAAGAUCGCUUUGGACUCAGAUCGGAGGCACACUUGACCAUGUCAUACUUUGGUGGAGUGACGCACCGCUUGCGUGUCGGCCCCCAAUUUACGCUAAGCAGUUACGAGAUUGGCUUAUCUUACUUCAGCCAGACGAUGCACCAGAGCCAAUCUUUUCCACGCUACGAGGCCUCGGCGAGACACUCACAAUGCAUGUGACGACCACGAUGUGGGACACCCAAUUUCGGUUGGCUUUGGUCUCAUCUUCACUGAGUAACGCAGAUACUGUAAAUUUGAAGCGCUCGUUUAGCGAGUUGGUAUUGGAUGCUGUGGGGACAUCAACUGGAACACUUUGGUGUGACCUGCUUAAUACUCUUACCAACCUGUGUAACAGCUGUGAUCAAAAUGGUACAAUCCCCAAUCAAUUACCCAUAGUAGAGCAAAUACCUAUAUUACAUAGAUUAGAUCAUUCCAUCCAUUGUAUGCGACUCUGGGCUCUUUCUAAGGCCAAGCACUUCUGCUCUGAGUGGAAUAUGGACAUGUUCUUCAAAGUUGCCCACAAUGAUAUUGGAAAUUGCUUGGACAAUCUGCAUUAUCUGAGAGUUCCAGAGCUGGUUCCUGCUGAUCCCUUGGAAGUUUUGAUUGAAGUAUGCGUGAAACUAAGGGCGAAGCUUGUAUCGGAAAUCAAGGCUAAUAUUUUCAAACUGAAGACCACUUGUGCCGAAUGCAUCGAAAUCCUCUCAACGACAUGCCAAACUUACACCCUUGCAACCUUAAGCCUCUGCUUUCCACCAGCGAAAGUUUGGCAAAGUGAUACCAUCCACGAGGUCCCCGGCGACUAUGUUGAUUUCUUCAUGAAGCAAAUCUACCUUCCAAUAUUGGAAGCAACUCGUGAUGCAGAAAUUUUAAGUUUGACCUUAAAAAUCAUCUGUGAAGCCUUGCUCGAUCACAUCUAUUCAAAAAAGGUGAAAUUCAGUAAAAGCGGUGCAUUGAAUUUGCUUAAAGAUUUCGAUGGAGUCUCAAAGUGGAUCACUGAAUGUAAAGCGGUAUCUCCUGAGCACCUGGAUAAACUAGCAAAACAUGAGGUGCUAAGAAUGUGUGAAGGUGUCGGACGAAUUUUGUUACGAAAACCAGACGAGGCUGUUCCAAUCUUACAAUCCCCCAAGUACAAGAAGCGGGAUGAAGACGCAGAUCCUGAAGAAAAGGCGAAACUACCACCAGAAAUGUUUGUACCCAAUCAAAAACGAUGGUUAGAGCUACGAGCGAAAAACAGGAGAUCCUUUAAAUGUUUUUGUGCUUGUAAUGAUGUAGUUGAAAAAUGAAUACGAAUG